CAAAAGAAUCACACCAUCCACCGUCAGCAUUUAUGCCUUGUUGAACACAUCGACAAUCAAUCAGCCCUUGUCCCUUGCUUGGUGUUGUUGCUGUCACCAGGUAACUUCCAGCUGAGCGAGGGUGGAGAGGUGUUGAAACUGUACAGUGAAGUGGAAGCAAAGUGCCUGGACUACCUGAUGAAAGACUCGUUGAGACCCUUUGUCCCGCAGUACCACGGCCUGGUCACCAGGGGGGAGCACUGCUACAUGCGCCUGGAGGACCUCCUGAGUGGUCUGAGGAGACCCGUCAUAAUGGACUGCAAAAUGGGAGUCAGGACGUACCAGGAGGAGGAACUGAUCAAAGCUCGGGUCAAGGCCCCUUUUCGGAGUGACAUGUACCAGAAGAUGGUGAAAAUAGACCCAUUAGCUCCGUCAGCAGAGGAACAUGCACAGAAAGGGGUGACCAAAUGGCGAUACCUUCAGUGGAGGGAUACAACCAGUUCUACAUCCACUCUGGGCUUCAGGAUAGAAGGAAUCAUGAUGGAGGACGGUAGUGUCCAGCGGGAUUUCAGGAAAAUUCUGACAGUAGCUCAGGUCACAGAGGCAUUGCUUCACUUCACCAGGAGUCAUCUGGACAUCCUGAAAGCGUACCACUCCAGACUCCUGGCCCUGAGCGAUGCGCUGAAGAAUUCAGUGUUUUUUAGAACCCAUGAGGUGAUUGGCAGCUCGCUUCUCUUUGUCCACGACCACAGCAGCAAGGCCAGCGUGUGGAUGAUAGACUUCGGGAAGACAACCCCUGUGUCCGACACGAGCGAGCUCCAUCACAACGUCCCGUGGGCUGAAGGAAGCAGGGAGGACGGCUAUCUCAUCGGUCUGACCUCCCUCAUCAGUUCUCUGAGCCAGGCCAUCAGUGUAGCCUCCUGGAAACAGGGCUUCAGUGGUGGAGGAGAAAAGAGUGUUGCAUGAAGCACACUGAAGGUUGUGGUUGUGAUGGCCUUUAAACAUUACUCAGAUUCAGGAUCAGGUGGACAAAAUGGCUGCUGUCACCGUGACUUUGGUGCCUUGCUUAAUUCAUGUGAAGAGACAACAGAGGACGAUUUGUUUUGGGAGUAUGUUUUUAAUGGGCUGAGGAAGAGGAACAAGGGAAAGAGAUUAUAACAGAAAUAUGCUUUGUGAAAAUGUGUUUUUCUUGCAAUUUUGGAGAUGUUGUUUUGUUACAAAGACAGAUUUAAGACUUAAGACUUCCUUUUUUUCUAUUCCUUUAUUUCUAUCAUUCAUAAAGGACCAAAAAUGUACAUGCUUUACCUGCUGAUGCUCUUUUACCAAGAAUUUUUCAUUCAAUUGGACUUCAAAAACUCCCUUGUGUUGCAACACAUGCCAAGCUUAUAUUUUUACAGCAGCAAACAAAACUCAUAUAUAGGCUGAAUACAAUUAAACACUAGAAAACAUCUUCACAUAUUAGCUGGUCCAAGCUAAGUGAAAUUAACAACAAAUGCUUUUCUUUUCUCAGUCAGAGGCCAAAAAAAGGAAAAUGAAAGCAAACAAACUUUCAAUAUCCACUAGGAUAAAACUCCCUGAUGGCAGCAGGUGAAACAAGUGAUGUGCAGGGUUUGCUGGGUCCCACAGGAUAUUGUGAACGCCCCUCAGAAAGCAGCUGAUGUAGACAGAGGUGAUCUCCGCGAGGCUGGUCCCGACGAUUCUGCCCGCCAUAUUUACAUUUACCUAUAAAAUUAAAGAGGAAAUCUCAAAGUUUUCAAGGAUACCAACAGGGUAGGGUGAAUUUGUGGAAAAUGUAUAUAAAAUGAUGCAAUGAUGAUAAUACAUGUGAUGCCCAUCAUCUCCUUGGACAUUACCCUUCACAUGUUGUAAAGAUUCAAAUAAUAUCUGGAACAAACAAACACAUUGCUCUGUGAGUUAAACAUGCCUAAUAUUGCAACAUACGCUCAGUUUUGGUUUGCUUAAUGCUUCUUUUUACAAUUAAUCUAUUAAUCUAGCUAUGAUCAUUUUGAAGACUAGUUUGCAGUUCUGAGCUUUCUAAAAACAGAUGUUUCUAAUAUUCUGUCAAGUGAAUAUAUAGGCUAUAGUUGAACCAACACCUCUUUGAAACCAUUUCAGGAUGACUUUAUAACCUUCACAGAGAUUAGUUCAGUUUUAAUUAGGUAGUGGGGUUUGGGCUGUGGGAAACGGUAGUAGAGUUACCUUUAUGUGCACAGGUUUAUUGGAUCAGACCAGACCCCCUCCACAAGGUGAUAAGAGUUUACAAGGCUAAAAAGUGUGUCUAAAAUACCCCAGGUGUGAUUAAGAUUAAAUGAGCUUGAGAAUGGAGAUGAAUAUAAAUAUGUUAAAAAUAAAAUUUUGAAUGAAUAUACUAAGAUUCUAAACAGU